AUGGCUCCUCCAGUUUGGACUCUGGUGUUGCUGGCGGGGGCUGCAAUCCCAAGGACACAGAAGCCCCUGGAUUUGAAUUCGGUUUCUCACCGCAGCCCAAGAGACAACUCCAUUCUCUCCCAGUGUGACUUUGAGGAUAGCUCCAAACCCCUCUGUGACUGGUCCCAAGAGUUCACCGAUGAUGGGGACUGGACUCGAGCAAAUGGUCCCUCCCCAUCUGGCACCACUGGGCCCCCCGGGGGGUACCCUAAUGGAGAGGGCUACUACCUGCACAUGGAUUCCAACAACUUCCGUCAGGGCGGAGUGGCCCGCCUGCGCAGCCCCGACCUCUGGGAGCCAGGCCCGUUCUGCGUGCGCUUCGCCUACCACAUGUUCGGGCUGUCCUGGGGCUCCUGGCUCCGGCUGCUGCUGUUCAUGGGCAAACAGAGCAACCGCCCCAAAUUGCUCUGGAAGCACACAAAUACCCAGAGCCCGUCCUGGAUACCCACCUCUGUCGCCGUGCCCGCAGGACUCAACCUGCCUAGCUGGUUAACGUUUGAGGGGAUGAGGGGCAACACUCCCUACUUGGACAUCUCUCUGGACGCCCUCGCUAUCCAUCGGGGAACCUGCAAUCGGAUCUGCAUGAUGCAAAUGUGCAGUUUUGACACUAUAAAUGAUCUCUGUGGCUGGAGCUGGAUCCCGUCUUCUUCUGGGGCCAAGUGGACACAGAAGAAGGGGUCAUCGGGGAAGCAGGACGUGGGACCUAAGGAUGACUUUUCCAAUCCUGGGAGUGGCUUCUACAUGCUCCUGGACCCCAAAAAUGCAAAGCCGGGGCAGAAAUCUUCCCUCCUGAGUCCCCCGAGCCGCUCCACCGGCUGUCUGACCCUUUCUUUCUACUAUAUCCUGCGGAACCGGUCUCCUGGCGCAGCCCUCCUGGUCUACGCUUCGGUCUUGGGCAGCAUCCGGAAACACACACUUUUUUCAGGACAACCUGGACCCAACUGGCAGCCUAUUUCUGUCAAUUAUACAGGACCAGGACAGAUACAGUUCGCUGUGGUGGGUGUGUUUGGAAAGAUCCCAGAGCCAGCAAUAGCAGUGGACGCAGUCAGCCUUGCUCCCUGUGGGGACAGCUUUCCUCAGUGUGACUUUGAGGACAGAGCCCAUCCCUUCUGUGACUGGACCCACACACCCGAAACUGGCGGACACUGGUCCUGGGGAAGUAAAACUAUUCUCAGCAACGUCAAAGGCCUUGUGGGUGAGUCCUCUUAUCAAGGCGAUCAUUUUGUCUACUUUGAGGCGGACAAACUCUCCAAGCCAGGGCAGUCUGUCAGGCUGAUGAGCCGGCCCUUCUGUGCCCCUGGGGAUGUCUGUGUGGUGUUUUCUUACCACAUGGCCGGCACCGGAGAGGGCUCUACACUCAUACUCCUGCUGGGCAGCCCUGCCGGCAGUUCUCCCGUUUCUCUGUGGAACCGCGUUGGGGCUCAGAGCCCUAAUUGGCUGAAUGCUUCGGUCACCAUCUCUUCAGGACGUCGACAGCCCAUGCAGCUGAUUUUUGAGGCUGUCCGGGGAAGCAACCCUGCUUUUAUUGUUGCUGUGGGUUUCAUCGCGAUCAAUCAAGGUUCCUGUCCAGUACCAACAGGACUUUCUACCACAUCUCCGGCUUCAUAUACUGGAUCAUCUGGAGCCACAGAGAAACCCACUGAAACCACGGUAGAGACCACCACCCCCACAGAGAAACCCACUGAAACCACGGUGGAGACCACCACCCCCACAGAGAAACCCACUGAAACCACGGUGGAGACCACCACCCCCACAGAGAAACCCACUGAAACCACGGUGGAGACCACCACCCCCACAGAGAAACCCACUGAAACCACUGAGGAGACCACCACGCCCACAGAGGAACCCACCGAAACUACCGAAGAGACCACCACCCCCACAGAGGAACCCACUGAGGAGAUCACCACUGCCACAGAGGAACCCACCGAAGCCACUGAGGAACCCACUGAGGAGACCACCACCCCCACAGAGGAACCCACUGAAACCACUGAGGAGACCACCACCCCCACAGAGGAACCCACUGAACCCACUGAGGAGACCACCACCCCCACAGAGGAACCCACUGAACCCACUGAGGAGACUACCACCCCCACAGAGGAACCCACUGAACCCACUGAGGAGACCACCACCCCGACAGAGGAACCCACUGAGGAGACCACCACCCCCACAGAGGAACCCACCGAAACCACAGAAAAGCCCUCAGCUUUGAAGUGCGCCCCAGGGGCCCACUAUGAAUCCUGUGCCUGCCCUGCGUCCUGCAAGAACCCCAAACCCAACUGUGAUGUGCUCUGCCAGCCAGGCUGCAUCUGUAACCCUGGAUUUUUGUUUAGUAACGACACGUGCAUCAAUGCCUCUUCCUGUGAUUGCUUCUAUGGCAACAGCUUCUACAAGGUUGGGCAAGAGUGGUUCAGCCCCAACUGCACAGAACGUUGCCGAUGCCAUCCUGGCAGCCGUUUGGAGUGCCAGAUCUCUGAGUGUGGGUCACAAACGGUGUGCCAGAUGAAGGAUGGGAAGUAUGGAUGCCACCCCUAUGGCACUUCCACCUGCAUGGUCUAUGGCGACCCUCAUUAUAUCACCUUUGACGAGAGGCACAUCUACUUCUCAGGCAAAUGCACCUAUGUCUUGACUCAGCCCUGCAGAAAUUCCUCAAACACGUUCUUCAAGGUCUUAGCCAAGAAUGAGGAAUGGGGACCCAAAGGACUGACCUGCCUGAGCAAAGUCCAAGUGAUCCUGUCUGAGACCACAAUCACUCUGCUCAAGGGCAGACAAACACUGGUUAAGGGUCGGCGAGUCACCCUCCCAGUCAUGCCUUCUAAAGGCGUUGUUGUGCGUCCAAGUGGGCGAUUUGUGAAACUGAAGACAUCCUUUGGUUUGCGUGUGAAAUGGGACGGCCACCAGCAGCUAUUUGUGACUAUGACCAGCAUGUACUCAGGCCAACUCUGUGGUUUCUGUGGAAACUAUGAUGGGGACAGCAGCAAUGACAACCUGAAGCCAGAUGGCAGGCCAGCUCGGGACGAUGAGGAACUGGGGAACAGCUGGCAGACCGACAAGGAGUGUCAGAAGAUCGAGAAACGUCCCUCAACCUGUGACCGAGACUUGCGGAAUACCGUAUCAGGGUCCAAGUUCUGUGGUCAGCUCUCCAGCUCCCAUGGAGUGUUUGAGGAAUGCCAGCUUCACAUGAAGAUCUCCUCCUUCUUUGACAACUGCUUGUAUGACAUGUGCAACUUCCAGGGCUUCCAACUCAUGCUUUGUAUCCAUCUGUCGUUCAUGACCGCGGCCUGCCAGCAUGCUGGCUAUCCUGUGAAGCCCUGGAGGAGACCCCAGUUCUGCCCCCUGGUCUGUCCAGCCAAUAGCACUUACUCCUUGUGUGCGAAUGCAUGUCCCAACACCUGCCAUUCGAAACUCACUGACAAGACCUGCCCAGACCACUGUGUGGAGGCCUGCGAGUGCAACCAGGGUUUUGUCCUCAGUGGCCUUGAGUGUGUCCCUCCAUCCCAGUGCGGGUGCCUCGACGACUCCGGAACCUACUUCAAAUUAGGGGAGCAGUGGUACAAACCAGGCUGCAAGGAGUUCUGUAUCUGUGAAAACAACCGCAGAAUUCACUGCCAGCCCUGGAACUGUAAGGCCCAGGAGGCCUGUGUCCUCCAAGAUGGCACCUAUGGCUGCCACGCCCAAGGGGCGGCCACCUGCAGCGCCUCGGGUGACCCCCACUACUUGACCUUUGACGGAGCUCUGCACCACUUCAUGGGCACCUGUGCCUACGUCCUGGUCCGCCCCUGCACGGUGAGUUCCCGAGAGAACAACUUUGCUGUGAGCACCACCAACGAGAUCCGCGAUGGGAACCUGGAACUGUCCUUCGUCAAAGCCGUCAACGUGCAGAUCUUUAACCUCAAAAUCUCGCUGAUCAAAGGUCGCAGGGUUGUGGUGAACGGCUAUCGGAUGUCCCUACCCAUGUGGCCUCUGGCUGGCCAGGUGAUCAUUAGGCUCAGUGGCUCCUUUAUCCUGCUCUACACGGCCUUUGGGCUUCAGGUUCGCUACGAUGGGAAUCAUCUGGUGGAGGUGACAGUCCCCUCCUCCUAUGCUGGCCAGCUCUGUGGGCUGUGUGGGAACUACAACAAUAACAGCUUAGAUGACAACCUGCGCCCAGAUAGGCGGCCCAUAGGCAACUCCAUCUAUCUGGGGGCCUCCUGGAAGUCUGCGGAGGACUCAGAACCCGGCUGCUACCUGAGGGGUGGCAUGUCCUCCAGUUGCCAAUAUGACAGCAUGUCAGAUACCUGGAACAGGACCUGUGCCAUCUUGGUGGACCCGCAGGGUCCCUUCUCCCCGUGCCAUCGGGCUGUGCCCCCGCAGGCCAGCUUCUCCAGUUGCGUGUAUGGCCAAUGUGGGACUAAGGGCGGCACUGUGGCCCUGUGCCACUCCCUGCAAACCUACGCGUCCCUGUGUGCCCUGACUGGCCAUGCCGUCGCCUGGCGCAACAGCUCCUUCUGCCCUCUGCGGUGUCCCUCCGGCAGUCACUACAACUACUGCACCAGCCCCUGCCCAGCCAACUGCCUGAGCCUGAAGAUCCCGAUGAAGUGCCCUCCUCUGCCCUGUGUGGAGGGAUGUGAGUGCCACGGAGACAACAUCCUGAGCGGGACGUCCUGUGUGCCCCUCAGCCAGUGUGGCUGCACCGACCCGAAGGGCUUCUACCACCCGGUGGGCGAGAGCUGGUACACAGAGAACACCUGCACCACCCGCUGCACCUGCUCUGUCCAAAACAACAUCACCUGCCAGAGGACCUCCUGCAAGACGGGGGAGACCUGCAGAGCCCUGUAUGGGCUGUUCAAGUGCCGGGUUGCAGAUGUGGGCGUGUGUCAGGUCUCAGGGGGUUCCCAGUUUGUGAGUUUUGAUGGCACUGGCCAUCAACCCAUCGUGGACACCUGCACUCGCGUCUUUGUCAAAGUGUGCCACCCCGACAUGAACCUGCCUUUCUUCAAGAUCAGUGCCAAGAGUAACAACCCACAAGAUAGUGCCAGGCCCGUCUCCCUGCCCGAGCUUUACAUCAACAUCUUCAAUUCUAAGGUCGUCCUGAAGAAGAACCACCGGGUGCUGAUCAAUGAUGCACCAGCCACACUUCCCGCCACAUCCCAGAUCCCUGGGCUCCGCAUCACUGCCAGCGGCACCUACACUGUCGUCAGUGUUGAUAAUGGAGCACAAAUCCGAUUUGACGGCAACCAGUCCUUAGAGAUCAAACUCCCUAUAGUCUAUUAUGACAAGGUGUGUGGCGUGUGCGGCAAUUUCAAUGGCGAGGAGGAUGAUGAGCUCUUGACACCCAGUGAGGACUUAGUCCACAAUAACCAGGAGUUCAUGGACAGUUGGAAGGACAAAGGCUUAGACCCAAAUUGCCAGCAGGUCUCAGAGGAAACCCAGAGCAGAGAGGAAACCCAGGCCCCAGUGGAAAGCCAGGACAGAGAGAAUAAGGGCAGAGUCAAAGUCCGUUGCAAGCUAGUCGACGCCGAGACAGCGCGGGGAAAUUGCCAAGCUGCCCUCCAGGCCCCUGCCUGGUCCCGGUGCGCCUCCCACGUGGACGUCCAGCCCUUCCUGCUGGUCUGUCGGAACAAGUUCUGUGACUCUGGAAGCCUCACGGGAGCCCUCUGCCAGGCUUUCCAGGCCUACGGGGACGCCUGCCAGAACCAGGGGCUCAAGCCCCCAAUCUGGAGAAACAGCAGCUUCUGCCCUAUGGAAUGCCCGGCUCAUUCCAGCUACAGUAACUGCCUUCCCACCUGCCCGACCUCCUGCUCGAACCCCGAAGGCCGCUGCAAGAAUGGUAGACGCCCUUCCACCUGCGCUGAGGGUUGCCUCUGUCGGUCCGGCUAUGUGAUGAAUGGGAACAAGUGUGUUUCCAAAAGUAGUUGUGGCUGCAAGGAUGCCCAGGGUGGCACCAUCCCUAUGGGCAAGACCUGGAUCUCCACAGGCUGCACGCAGGCCUGCUCCUGCACGGGAGGAAGCAUUCAGUGCAAGGCCUUCCGCUGCCCUGCUCAGUCCCACUGCCAGCACAAAGAAGGAACCAACAAUUGCGCCCCUGACAAAUCGGAACAAUGCUCCGUCUACGGGGACCCCACUUACCGCACGUUUGAUAGGUUCAACUACCGCUUCCAGGGUCGCAUGACCUACAUCCUCGUAAAGACAGUGGACAAACUCCCCAGUGGGCUGGAGAAGCUGGUGGUUCAGGGGCGGAACAAGGUGUACUCGUCCGCCCCCGGCCUGAUCUUCUUGCAUGAAGUGAUCACCUUCGUCUAUGGCUACAAAUUCCAGUUCCAGGCCGGACUGACACUUCUGGUCAACAACCAGAAGACGUCCAUCCCCUACAAUCCCAGUGAUCGCCUGCACGUCACCAUGCAGGGCCAGCGGCUGUUUCUGGUCACCGACUUUGAACUGGUCGUCAGCUUGGGUGGUGGUGCAAAGAUCAAUGCAGUGAUCACCCUGCCCAGCAUGUACCAGGGGCUGGUGCGGGGCAUGUGCGGGAACUACGACGGGGACCGCUCCAAUGAGUUCACGCUGCCCGACGGCAGGCUCACCCAGAACCUCCUUGUCUUUGGCAACAGUUGGGAGGCAAAUGGGGAUGAGCCUCUCUCACGCUCCCCAAGGGCCCUCCGGGAAGAGGAAGAGGAAGCACAGGAAGAGCCCCGCUCGCUGGAGUCGGCGUGCAGCGUGGAGCAGCUGGCCCUCAUCAACAGCACCCAGGCCUGUAGUGUGCUGGUGGACCCCCAGGGCCCCUUUGCUGCCUGUCACCAGACUGUGGCCCCAGAGCCCUUCCAGGAGCACUGUGUGGUUGAUCUGUGUACAGUCCAGGACCCCAAAGACCAAGAGGAGCUGCGCUGCCAGGUUUUCAGUGGGUACGCCAUCACCUGUCAAGAGGCGGGCGCCAGCCUAGCCAGCUGGCGGGACCACACCCACUGUGCCAUGACAUGUCCAGCCAAUACGGUGUAUCAGAGCUGCAUGAUGCCCUGCCUGCUGUCCUGUGCUAACCUGGAGGCCCUCGGGGACUGCAAGGGCCCCUGCGUGGAAGGCUGUGCCAACCUCCCAGGCUAUGCCUACAGUGGUGCUCAGAGCCUCCCGUGGCUGACUGCGGCUGCACCACAGACGGUGUCUAUCACCAGGUCGGGGCUGGCGGCGGGAGGCCAGGGAAGCCGCGCGCUGUACCUGCGCCAGCUCGGGAGUCCUGCGGUGCGAGCCCUUCGGCUGCAGUGCUGA